UUAAGCUCCAGCAACUUGACUCAGUAGCCCUUCAUUUCACAGUAGGGGAUGGAAGCGGCGGAUCAGUUCGCAACUCGCGAAACAGAGCAGGCCCGAGUGGGAUCUCGAGGCCCGAGAUUAGUAAUUAACGAAAUGGUGAUGAGGAACUUCAAGUCUUAUGCCGGUGAACAGCGCGUCGGUCCUUUUCACAAGAGUUUUUCUGCUGUGGUUGGGCCAAAUGGAAGUGGUAAGAGCAAUGUGAUAGAUGCCAUGCUUUUUGUAUUUGGGAAGAGAGCAAAGCAGAUGCGGCUUAAUAAAGUUUCGGAGCUUAUUCACAAUUCAACUAAUCAUCAGAAUCUUACUAGUGCUGGUGUUUCUGUUCAUUUCCAGGAGAUUAUUGAUAUGGAUGAUGGGGCUUAUGAAGCUGUUCCAGAAAGUGAAUUUGUUAUUACACGGGUUGCUUUUCGGGAUAACUCCUCCAAAUAUUACAUCAAUAACCGUGCUAGUAACUUUACUGAAGUUACAAAGAAAUUGAAAGGGAAAGGAGUUGAUCUUGACAAUAAUCGGUUUCUUAUUCUUCAGGGUGAGGUUGAGCAAAUUUCACUCAUGAAGCCAAAAGCACAAGGACCUCACGAUGAAGGUUUCCUCGAAUAUUUGGAGGACAUAAUAGGAACAAACAAAUAUGUUGAAAAGAUUGAGGAAUCAUCUAAGGAGUUAGAAAGUCUCAACGAAAAACGAUCAGGUGUUGUGCAAAUGGUUAAAUUAUCAGAGAAAGAAAGAGAUAGCUUGGAGGAUGUUAAGAAUGAGGCAGAAACUUACAUGUUGAAAGAGCUUUCUCUCUUGAAAUGGCAAGAGAAAGCUGCAAAAUUGGCUCAUGAAGAUACCAAUACAAAAAUGAACGAACUACAGGAAAACUUGUCCAACUUAGAAGAAAAUUUGAAGAAUAAAAGAGAGGAGAUUAAGGGAAACAGUAACAGGUUGAAGGAGCUUGAGUCUGUGCACAACACUCACCUGACAAGAAAAGAGGAACUUGAUAAUGAUUUGAGAAUUUGUAAGGAAGAAUUCAAGGAGUUUGAAAGGCAGGAUGUCAAAUACAGGGAAGAUUUGAAGCAUAUGAAAUAGAAGCUGAAGAAGCUAGAGGAUAAACUUGAAAAGGAUUCAUUAAAAAUUGAGGAUGCGACAAAGGACUGCGAAAAAUCAAAAAAUCUUAUCCCAAAACUCGAGGAGAACAUUCCAAAGCUUCAAAAGAUUUUUCUUGAUGAGGAGAAAGUCCUAGAAGAAAUGAAAGAGAACUCUAAAGUUGAAGCUGAGAAAUAUCGCUCUGAGCUUUCGAAGGUUCGUGCUGAACUAGAACCUUGGGAGAAAGAGUUGAUUAUGCAUAAGGGAAAACUUGAAGUUGCUCAGACUGAACGUAACCUUCUAACUCAAAAGCACGAAGCUGCUCAUACAGCUUUUAAGGAUGCUCAAAAAGAGAUGGACAGCAUAUUGGGGAAAACUGAAACUAUGACUGCUGCCAUUAAAGAUAAGCAAAUUGAUCUGGAAAAAAACAAGCUUGAAGCAUUGAAAGCCCGCAAAUUGGAACAGGAAUGCAUCAAAGAACAAGAUGCACUGAUUCCUCUUGAACAAACAGCGAGAGAGAAGUUUGCCGAACUGAAGUCGGUGCUUGAUUCUGAGAAGAGCCAGGGAUCAGUUUUAAAAGCAAUUUUGCAGGCUAAAGAAUUUAAGCAAAUUGAGGGAAUAUAUGGCAGAAUGGGUGAUUUGGGUGCUAUUGAUGCGAAGUAUGAUGUUGCCAUCUCAACUGCAUGUCCCGGACUUGAUUAUAUUGUUGUGGAAACCACUGCUGCAGCACAAGCAUGUGUUGAGCUACUUCGCAGGGAGCAACUUGGUAUUGCGACAUUCAUGAUUCUGGAGGAGCAGGUUGAUCUUUUAGAGAGGUCUAAGGAGAAAGUAAAAACCCCUGAGGGAGUUUCACGUCUCUAUGACUUGAUUAAAGUUCAGGAUGAAAGAAUGAAACUUGCUUUCUAUGCUUCCCUGGGAAACACAAUUGUAGCAAAAGAUCUUGAUCAGGCAACACGUAUAGCAUAUGGUGGAAACAGAGAAUUUCGCCGUGUGGUAACCCUUGAUGGUGCUCUUUUCGAAAGAUCUGGUACCAUGAGUGGUGGAGGAAGCAAGCCGCGUGGUGGUAAGAUGGGGACAUCUAUUCAAGCCAGCAGUGUGUCUAGAGAAACUGUUAUUGCUGCCGAGGAGGAGCUUGCUAAUAUGGUUGAUUCAUUAAAAACCAUCAGGCAAAGAAUUGCUGAUGCAGUAAGGCGCUACCAAGCCUCAGAAAAAGUAGUCUCAGAGCUGGAGAUGGAGAUAGCUAAAAGCCAAAAAGAGGUUGACAGCUUCAAUUCGGAAUAUAAAUAUCUCGAAAAGCAACUUGACUCCCUGGAAGCUGCAUCACGGCCAAAGCAGGAUGAAAUUGAAAGACUGGAAGAGCUUAAGAAGAUAAUUUCUACUGAAGAGAAAGAAAUUGAUAGACUCAUCCAAGGGUCAAAAAAGUUGAAAGAAAAGACUUCGGAUCUCCAGAAUAAAAUAGAACAUGCUGGUGGUGAAAGGUUGAAAAGUUACAAUCAGUAAGAUAUUGACAAGAAUAGCACAGAGAUCAACCGUCACAAGGUACAAAUAGAGACAGGUGAGAAAAUGGUGAAGAAAUUAACAAAGGGGAUUGAGGAGUCAAAGAAGGAGAAAGAACGAAUCAUUGAGGGGAAGGACAAGAUGCAGGGUGUGUUUAAAGAAAUAGAGCAGAAGGCAUUUAUUGUUCAAGAGAAUUAUAAGAAAGUGCAGAAGCUAAUUGAUGAACAUGAAGAAGUACUGGAGAAGUCAAAAUUGGAACACGAAAGAGUGAAAAAAGAUGUUGAUCAAUUGCGUGCAUCAGAGGUGGAUGCUGACUUCAAGUUGCAAGACAUGAAAAAGAUGUAUAAGGAGUUAGAAAUGAAGGGGAAGGGCUACAAGAAAAGGCUCAUCGAGUUGGAAACCAGUCUACAAAAGCAUAUGGAACAGAUACAGAAAGAUCUUGUAGACACUGAAAGACUUCAAGCAACUUUGGCUGAUGAGACCCUGACCGAGGUGUGUGACCUGAAAAGGGCCCUUGAAACGGUGACUUUACUAGAGACACAACUGAAGGAAAUGAAUCCCAACCUUGAUUCAAUCUCAGAAUAUCGACAAAAGGUAUCACUGUAUAACGAGUGAGUUGAGGAACUUAACACAGUUACCCAACAGCGUGAUGAUAUAAAGAAGCAGUAUGAUGAGUGGAGAAAGAAAAGACUGGACGAGUUCAUGGCAGGAUUCAAUGCAAUAUCUUUGAAGUUAAAGGAAAUGUAUCAGAUGAUCACACUUGGAGGGGAUGCAGAACUUGAACUAGUGGACUCUUUGGAUCCAUUCUCUGAAGGUGUUGUUUUCAGCGUUAGACCCCCAAAGAAGAGCUGGAAGAACAUUGCAAACUUAUCGGGUGGUGAAAAGACUCUCAGCUCGUUAGCUCUUGUUUUCGCUCUUCACCAUUACAAGCCAACCCCACUCUAUGUCAUGGAUGAAAUUGAUGCAGCUCUAGACUUCAAGAAUGUUUCCAUUGUCGGACAUUACGUCAAGGAUCGGACUAAGGAUGCACAGUUUAUAAUCAUAAGCCUCAGGAAUAACAUGUUUGAGUUGGCUGAUCGACUUGUUGGAAUCUACAAAACCGAUAAUUGCACUAAGAGCAUCACAAUCGAUCCCAACAGUUUUGUGGUGUGCGAAAAAGCUGCAUGAUUCAGUGAGUUUGAUUCCUUUCCCUAAUCUUUCUGUUCCAUAAUAUUAACCUAAACUACAUCUAUUUAUCU